CGAGUAUAGGAGGAGGAGGAGGGAAACCACCCAGUCUAUCACGUUUGUCAGCGUCUUCUUCAGCGGUCUCCACGUAACAAGCGGCGACCUCGUCUUCCCCAUCUGAAACUGGUUGUUUUGGUUGUGUCCACCACAUGAUGUGUACUCCAUGCUGUAUCUCGCAGAUGGCCUGCUGCUGUGGCUCAGCGGCGUGCUCAUGCUGCUGUAACUGCUGCCCAAAAAUCAAACAGUCCACGGGGACCCGAAUCAUGUACACCGUCUAUUUCCUGUUGGUUACCAUUGUCUGUGUCAUCAUGAUGUCCCCCACAGUAGAGGAGGAAAUGAAACAGAAUAUCCCCUUCUACAGUGAGUUGUGUGAGAAGAUGAAUGCAGGGAAGAACUGCAAGACCCUGGUUGGGUACUCUGCUGUCUACAAGGUGUGCUUCGGCAUGGCCUGUUUCUUCUUCAUCUUCUCUAUCUUCACCAUAGGCGUGAACAACAGCACUGGUUGGAGGGCAGCCAUACAUAAUGGGUUCUGGUUGCCAAAAUUCAUUGUGCUGGGGGCCUGCUGUGCUGCAGGCUUCUUCAUCCCACAAGAGGCAACUUUUCUUGAAGUGUGGCGCUAUGUUGGAGCUGUUGGCGGCUUCAUCUUCCUGCUGAUCCAGCUUAUGCUGCUGGUGGAGUUUGCCCACCGAUGGAACACAAACUGGAGCUCAGGAGUGAAGUAUAAUCGCAUGUGGUAUGCAGCGCUGGCCUUGGUCACUCUCGUGCUUUUCAGUGUUGCCGUGGGAGCUGUGGUCUUUAUGGGUCUUUUCUACACCCACCGCGAGGCCUGUCUCCUCAACAAGAUGUUCCUGGGCAUCAACAGCAGCCUCUGCCUCAUCGUCUCUCUGCUUGCCAUUUCCCCCUUCAUACAGAAACUCCAGCCUACAUCUGGUCUGCUCCAGCCCGGGGUUAUAAGUGUGUAUGUCAUGUACCUUACCUUCUCAGCCUUCUCCAGCAAACCAAAAGAAAUGGUGGAGAAGGAUGGCAUGAACACAACUGUGUGUGUGUUUCCCUUCAACGCUGGAAAGGAAAGUGACAAGAAGAUCGUCACAGCUCUUGCAGGCAUUAUCCUGUUCUGCUGCAUCCUUUACUCCUGCCUGACCUCCACCACCAAGCGAAGCGCUGCAGCACUCCGAGUGUGCAGGAACAGUGAGCCAGAAACUGAGAGAGCCCGCUGCUGCUUCUGCUUUGGAGAUGACACAGAAGACUAUGACGAAGACAAAACCGGUGCAGGCCAGAGCGUGCUGUAUGAUGAGAGAGAGGCCACCAACUACAGCUACACAUAUUUCCACUUUGUCUUCUUCUUGGGUUCCCUUUACGUCAUGAUGACCAUAACCAACUGGUUCCACUAUGACGACCACAGGAUUGAGAAGCUCUUGGACGGGAGCUGGUCGGUUUUCUGGAUCAAGAUCUCCUCCUCCUGGGUGUGUCUGCUCCUCUACAUGUUGACUCUCAUUGCCCCCAUGAUCUGCCCCAAGCGCUUUGAGGCUUAGGACACCUACGUAAGUCAGGUGACUUUCAGUGGUGGGGGUGUGGCCAACAGUAGCUUUGAGGCUGAGCCAAGGGACCAGCAACUUUUUUGAUUUAAAAGAUUUUUUUUUUUUUUUUUACCUUGAACCACCGUCUACAUCUACGCUCAGCUUUGGAAAUGGAGGAACAUGUGUUGCCUUUUAUUACACAAUUUUACACUUAUAUUGCGAGUAUUUCCUUUGUGUUACAAUAGUGAUACCUUGAUGGUAUUUAUUUUUAUUUUUUUUUACAAUUACUUUCUCCUGAAAUGUUUGUAUUCUUAUCAUGUGAUUUGUGUUCCAAUUGUGAUCUGCAAGCGUCCAGACUUUACCCUUACCAUUUCUUACAUCUUGUAAUUUUUUUUCCAGUUGGACCGUAAUUGUAGCAAAUCACUAGGACGUUUUCAAUGUUACACCACAAUCCAUUUGUGAGGGACUGCGUGCAAAUUGAAUCACAAUUUAGAAACUCAUCUCUCAGGCUUACAUGUGAGUAUGUUUUGUUAUAUUGUGUGCCCCUUUUGUAGACGUUUUUUAUGCAAGAAAAUUAAUCUCUGUUGUUGUUUUUGAAGGUUCCUCUUAGAUGUUUCAGGUUUUGUCACUCAGUGCUCCCUUUGAGCAGAAUCUUUUUAGGUAGAAAACAUCAUGUGUUUUAUACAACUAGUCAUAAUUGUUGCGUGAGGCGGUGCUCCUUUAAUCAAUCUGCCUUACGUAACAGAAACAGUCAUUCCCACUCUGGACAAACAGCUGUUUGCCAAAGGUAGACAUUUGGAAAGCAACUAAUUUAUAUGCUCAACUACAUGGAAAAGCUUUUAAGCUGCACAUGAAUUUCAGUCAGCUUGUUUGUGUUGUCAUAGCUCAUAUUUAAAAACAAGUUAUUCAACACUGGAUGUUGAGUUUCCUGCAAUACUCACACAAACACAGUAAACACUUUCCCAUGCACCACCAACAUCAAUUAAUCGUGUUGUUUUCCUUUUGAAAACUAUUUUUUGUAACUUAUAUUUAGGUAAAGGUAAAGGUAUUGUUGCUUACAUUGUUACAUUUAUGGAAGAAAGAAAUAAAAGUGUCAUUUUUCAUCCUGCA